ACUACGGUACUGUACUGUCAUAUUGAUAAUGUUGCAUAUUUCCGAGAGAAGAAAACACAAACACAAAAAAAAUUUCAUCAUUUUUAGAGUUUAAUGCACAGUUCCUCCUCAUCACAAACCCAUUAAAAAAACAACACAUGUAUUCCAAGACAAGACAAUUCUGAGAUGCUACUAACACAGUGACUAUCCAGAUAGGUUUAGUAACAUACUUAAAUCAACAGCCUCAGUAUUAUAACACACCCACAAACAUACAUUAACCGUUUAUACAGUACGGCCCAGUGCUCCUGGACAGUGUUUCCUCACUAUAGUGGGGUGUGGCUCCUAAUGCAGACAUGGUAUUCAAUCCAUAAACACCAGCAGAUGAAUUACAACCUGCUCUUCCCAGGUGCUGCACUAGUCAAGGGAAAUUGCUAUAGCUCUCCAUGAAUGUGGGAUGCAAAGGAAAUCCUAAACAACUCUAAAUUAGCUGGAACCAAAAUGCUGAACCAAGAACCAGACCCACUGUGCAUCAAAGAAAAAUUACAAAAGAAGCCUCUUCUUCCCAAAAGACACUCUUUAUUCUCAUAGAGCUGGAAAAAGUUUUAAUGAGCUCUGUGAGGAUGCACCGAGUUGCAGCCGACAAGUCUGGAGGAGAGUGGAGUUCUUGCACAUUUAAUUCGCCUCUUGUCAUAAUGACGAUCCUAUUAGCUCUCAUAAUGAAAGGUCUCAGCUCUAACACCUGCACUCCAUGCAGGCCUGGCUCCCUAUGGAUUCCACACCUCCUCCACUCUGGUCAUUUCUGCAAAAUGUAUCUCUGCUGAGAUGAGAUGUCUCGAUUUUCCUCCAAAGGUUGCCGCUUUUAAGACUUUUGUCUCCUUGCUCUGUCUGUCUCCUUAUUUUACACAUCAUUUUUGUUCACAGCUGUGAUCACCUAAUUUUCGAAUGUCAUUUGUAGUCCUCCUAUAUUUAGGACUGCCAAUACAGCUCCUAUGUGAACAGGAAGUUGUUGAAGGACUUAAGGACUCAACCUCUGGCUACCUGCCAGCAUAAGUCAAGAUAGGGUAUGUGAUCAAGAUAGAUGUGGAUGAUAUACAGUAUGGUUUGGAUUUCCUCCCGCAAUAUUUUUAAGAGAGAGAGUAACAAAGAAGUAUCAGCAGAAGACCCCAGCUUCAUCCAGAGGAUUACUGCAAUUUGAGACGAACACUUGCUGAUAAUCUUGUUUGUUUAGAGCCUGUGGAUAUUGUCUCCAACUUUGUUUUAUCCAGCACUUUGACAGUCAUGGUAGCAGUUAGCAAGGAUUGCAGCUUUACCUAGAGUGUCACAGUGGGACACAGUCAACUGUCUACCAUUUGAUAAAGGUACACCAGUCAGAGAGAGACAAGUCGACACAUCUUUUGAUGCAGCGGGAUGCCAGUUUAUGGAUAGUUAAAAAUGGCGAGAAAUCAUGACAACUACUUCUAUGCUCCAAUGGUGACAAAGGCAAACUGGAAGAAACCCAACCAUACCACAGAUUUAUUUGAAAUGAUUGAAAAGAUGCAGGGGAACAGGAUGGAUGAACAGAGAUGCACCUUUCCUCCCCCACUCAAGACUGAGGAGGACUACAUUCCAUACCCAAGUGUCCAUGAGGUGUUGGGCAGAAAAAGCCCCUUUCCUCUCAUCCUCCUGCCUCAGUUUGGGGGAUACUGGAUUGAAGGGACCAACCAUGAGCUGAGUGACGCCAUGGACACAGAGCAGCUGCAGCCACUGUCCCCAAACACCCGCACCAAGCUGGAAUGUAACACGACAGCCACACUCUACCGGAAACACUUCCUGGGCAAGGAACACUUUAAUUACUAUUCAGUGGACGGUGUCCUUGGACAUCUGGUGUUCUCCCUUAAGUACGAUGUUAUUGGUGACCAGGAACAUCUCCGGCUAAUGCUCAGGACCAAACUGAAAACCUACCAUGAUGUGAUCCCCAUUUCCUGUCUGACAGAGUUUCCCAAUGUGGUCCAAAUGGCCAAGCUUGUCUGUGAAGAGGUCAACGUGGACCGCUUUUUCCCUGUCCUUUAUCCAAAAGCUUCAAGACUUAUUGUCACCUUUGAUGAACAUGUGAUAAGCAACAAUUUCAAGUUUGGGGUCAUCUAUCAAAGGUUUGGGCAGACUUCAGAGGAAGAGCUGUUUGGCAACAGUGAAGAGAGUCCUGCCUUUGUAGAAUUCCUGGAGUUUUUAGGAGAGAAAAUUGGGCUGCACAACUUUAAAGGUUUCCGUGGAGGGUUAGACGUGACUCACGGGCAGACUGGCACAGAAUCUGUCUACUGCAACUACCGCAACAAAGAGGUCAUGUUCCAUGUGUCCACAAAGCUGCCUUACACGGAGGGGGACACCCAGCAGUUACAGAGAAAGAGGCACAUAGGGAACGAUAUCGUGGCCAUCUUAUUCCAAGAGGAAAACACUCCCUUUGUACCAGACAUGAUUGCCUCCAACUUUCUCCACGCCUACGUUGUGGUCCAAGUGGUCAACCCGUGCUCUGACAAUGUUCUCUACAAGGUGUCAGUUACCGCACGAGAUGAUGUACCUUUCUUUGGCCCAGCCCUCCCAAACCCCGCUGUCUUUAAAAAAGGCCCUGAAUUCCAUGAAUUCCUUUUUACUAAGCUCAUCAAUGCAGAGUAUGCCUGCUACAAAGCUGAGAAAUUUGCCAAAUUAGAGGAACGAACACGGUUGGCUUUGUUAGAGACCCUGUAUGAGGAGCUCCAUGUGAACAGCCAGGCCAUGAUGGGAAUUGGAGGAGAGGAUGACAAACUGGAAAAUGGGAGUGGAGGAGGAGGGGGCUUCUUUGAGUCCUUCAAGCGGGUGAUCCGCAGCAGGAGCCAGUCUAUGGAUGCCAUGGGUCUUACUUUCAAGAAACCACACACAGUCUCCACUAGCCUGAGCGGCAGCUUUAACCACAACCCCGCAGAGAGCCCCAAAUUCCCAGGGAUAGCAUAUGGUUCCCAUAUUUCAUUGCUUGUCCCAGGCAAAAGUCCCAGUAAAUAUGGACGUCGAGGCAGUGCCAUAGGGAUAGGAACAGUAGAAGAGUCUUUGAUAAUCCCGGGGAAAAGCCCGACCAGGAAAAAAUCUGGUCCUUUCAGCUCCAGGCGAAGCAGUGCCAUUGGCAUUGAAAACAUUCAGGAAGUCCAGGAGAAGAGUAGCAGUAGAGAGAACUCCCCAAAUACCCAGAAGACCCCUGACAGUGGUCACGUCUCUCAAGACCCCAAAUCUGACAACUCGUCCAAUCAGAGCUCCCCUGAAGUGCUCACAACCGCCAAGAACAGUUCUUAUCUCGGUGGCAGGGCCCCAUCUAUCCCUGAGGGUCAUGACCUCUCCCGCUCCUCCUCCAACGCUAGCAGCUUUGCCAGUGUGGUGGAGGAGAACGAGACAGAGGCCACAGAGGACUAUGACACAGGCAUGGAAAGCCUGUCGUCUGCCGGGACACCACACAAGCGGGACUCCUUCACCUACAGCACCUGGCUGGAGGACAGCACCAGCAACACCAGUACCACCAGUCGUGGGAACUCCCCAGGGCCCGGUAAACCUGACCGAGGAAAGGGGACAGACAUCCGUAUCAAACUGGAACGACCACAUGAUCAUCAGUCCUCCUCGAACUGUUAACUCCACACACCUGGUUGUAUCCUGGAUCUCCAUGUUCAGCAUUCCCAUAAGUCAAAAUCCUUCUGGGAAAUGAGACAAGUGCAUGCGUUCGCCAUGACCAGUAAUGAGAUGGAGAAAGAUGCGGAUGAUGACAGAGAAGAGAAAAGGCAGGUGGAGCCUGGCCAGCCUGCUACUCAGUUGAGGGACAGGGUGCGGAAAUCCAGAAACCCGGAGGACACUUGAAAGGAUGACGCACAAAGAGGGGCCAGCUAUUGCACAGUGUUGUCUCCUUAGACUCUUUUCUUUGCCUGUUCACACAUCUGUUGCCUAGUUGUAUGGUGUAUGUUUUUGGUUGUUUUUUUUUACCUGAUAUUUGUUUGAAAAGCACACAUUUUAUCUACAAAUGUAAUAGUUUUAUUUGUAAAAGAUAUUAAUUGGGUUUAGUUUGUCUUGUUAAAGACUAAGUGUUCUGGCUAUACAGGGUAAAGACAGUGUCACUGAUCUCUCUAUUGAGACUGUGAGAUGGACUUUUGCUGCAACAUAGAGAAGAUUGCCUGGAUGGUUUUACCAAAUCAACAAAGGUUUUGGCUCAAUAAAGAUCUCUAAUGUAUACAUAAUACCAAAUAUAUAAAAAAAAUAUAUCCAGCAUCAAGAUGAGUUUUUUUCUAACAAAGUAUCCAAUGCGUUAUAGAAUUGUUCUGUUUGAUGCCGUUAAAUGUGAUUAUUUUCUGGGUAAAAUCCAAAUAGAAGGACUGCAUAGCUGCAGCAUAACAAUUUUACUCUUUCCUCUACUACCCAAAUCUCAAUAAGAUUAGGUUUCAAAUUUAACACCACAAGUUAAGGUGAAGAUAGCUAUGUAUCGUAAAUAAAAUGAAAUGGUCUUAAAACUUAAACAUGCAAUGUCUUUGUUCCUCCAAAUGAUUUUACCUCACUUCUUUAACUCACAUGUUCAGCAGCCAAUAUGGGGACGGCAGUAUUAGAUUGAGAUUAAUAUAUUCAUAUAAUAAUAUAUUCAGAAUCCUUUUAAGGCAAAAUAGUAUCUUUAUAAAAUUCGUAGUGCAAUGCACCAAUGCUAUCUGUAUAGUCUGCUAAUACAGUAUGUGGAUGUAUCCAUCAAUGACUGAUUUAACUGCUUUGUCCGUCAUGUUUGCUGGUGUGGAGACCAGUCUCUACAUUAUGUUCUGAGUUGCUUUUUUCCCUCUAAUAUACGUUUUAAUUUAUUUUUUUGGUUUCUAUGGAAAUGACUUUUAUGGUGUACAUCUGUCGUACUGUACCUCUAUGGUGACUACCUUCAGCGUCCUGUCGUAUACUUAUUCUGUAUGUGUUGCUUUGGAGUAAAUUAUAAUGUUGUCAUCUAUAAAGCUCUGUGUAUUUUUGCGGUCAAAUCUCUUUCAGUGCGGUAAAUUUGCAAUGCAAUUAUAAUAAAAUAGUGAAUAUUUAUUUGCUAGUGAGUAAAUAACUGCAAAUACAACUACUGAUUUUGUAAAUAGAUAUUUAGUUGGAGUACACAGUGUAUAAUGUAUAGGCCAUUGAUUUAAGAUGGGAUUGACCAACACCUCGAAAUAACUGCCAAGUUAACACUUUAUUGUUGUUUUUUCUCAUACACUUACAUUUAAAUAUUAUUUUGAGAGAGUUUUGUAGAAAAAAAUAAUUUUAAAAGCUAUUCAGACUGUUCUGUAAAAGGGAAGAUCUCACAGUACAUCCUGCUGAUCAUUUCAGUUGCCUUAUCAUCACACACUGAUGGUCUAAGUAUAGAAUAGGGAAGCCAAUAGGUAAUAGUCAGCAGGAUUUACAAUGAAAUGAAUGUUUUGUUGUUGUUGUUUUUAUUG